AUGGAAUCCCACUCAAAAACAUCGAGGGGAUUAAUAAGCAAAUUUGAAAUCGAGAGAAUCAAUGCUGAAUUGGAACUUGUAAGCCACCAUCACGAUACAAUUAACUUAAUAUCACAUCAACAAGAAGACGACUCUAUUUGGGAAGAAAUCACAAAGGAAGGACAACAAUUGGCAAACCAACUACUGAAAGAACUCGACCAAGUCGAAGAUUCGAUACAAGAAAAAUUGAAAAACAUAGUCAAUCAUUGGAAAUUAUUAACCAUUUGCAUAGAUAUUCUGGUGAUAUCAAUCGUAUUAAUCAAAUUGAAAUUCGAAUUAUUUAAAUCCCUAUUUUGCCUAACCCGUAGACAAAAUUCACGUUCAAAAAAUAUCAUUAUCCUCCCUACAAAUUUAGUAGAAACCAUUCACUAA